AUGGACACUUUUAUUAUUUACUCUAAGAUCUUAUAUUUUCUUGAAAAGAAGACUCUAUUGUCACAAUUGAGAAUCUUAACUUCUUUUAUUUUCUGUUUUAAUGUAUUGAAGUUAUCAUCCAGUGAAAGCGGACAGUCAUUUCUACUUGAACAUAUUAAAUUUCUUGAAAAUGAAUUGGAAAGAUCUCAUGAAAAUGAAAAGCGUGCUAUUCGUUCACUUCAACAACAAUAUGAACGAGUUAAACUGCAGAAGUCGUCGAAAACAAAGAAAGACAGAAAGAUGAUUGAACACACCAACGAAGAUUAUGUUAGCCUGGUUGAAUAUAAUGCAGUGAAGUCUUCAUUACAAACACGUAUUAAGGAGCUUGAAAGUGUUUUAGAAGCCUACAAAUCACUCAAAUCCAAAUCGACAUGUGAAGUAUCCACUAAUACUGACUUAAAAACGUUUAACGAUAAGAAAGUGGACGAUUCAUACGUCAAAGCUCUUGAGAUGCAAAUUAAACAACAACUUGAAACUAUCGUCGCUAAACAAGAUGAGUUGAAUCGAUUGAAGCAACAGUUAACACCUCGAAGCAAAUACCCCGUCAGUCGUGAUCAUUAUAACUAUACAAAUACUGAACUUUUGUCUGCAUUGAAAACGAAUGAAGGUGAUCAUGAAAUGCAACGAGGACUACUCAACUCAGUGGAUGCUGAUGAAGGAUAUCGUGCAACCUCUGAAGUUGAUUACUGGCGUAAUAUUGCUUUGAAAAUGAAUUGGGAAUUUGAAAAUCUUAAAGAUGAUGCAAAUGUACUUGUAGAUAUACUCACGUUAUUACAGUGUCAACAUUAG